AGCAUCCCUUAUGAAUCUCAGGCUAAUCAGUCAACCCCCACCAGAUAUGAGUACGUGAAGGCGUUUGAGCAGCCCGACAAUCUACUGCCAAACACAUGGAUUGUUGUCAGGAUAGAUGGAAGAGGAUUCACAAAAUUCGCUACCAAGUACAACUUUAAAAAGCCCAAUGACAAGCGGGCGCUUGACCUCAUGAACGCCUCAGCAAAGUCUGUAGUCACAGAGCUGCCAGAAAUUACCAUUGCAUACGGCGUGAGCGACGAGUACAGCUUUGUAUUCCACAAGCACUGUAGCUUGUUUGACCGAAGGUCGGGUAAACUGGUGUCCACUAUUGUGUCGACCUUUUCGGCCUACUACAUCUACCAUUGGAAUACUUACUUUCCAGACAGCCCUCUGUCACCUCCGCUCCCUAGCUUUGAUGGCAGGGCCGUGUGUUUCCCGAGUGUGCAGAACCUGAGGGACUAUAUGAGCUGGCGCCAAGUCGACUGCCACAUCAACAACCUUUACAACACCACGUAUUGGGCUCUAAUUCAACAGGGCAACAUGGAUGCUCACACUGCAGAAAGAUCACUUGCGGGUACCUUUGCUGCUGACAAGCACGAAAUCCUGUUCUCCAAGUUUGGCAUCAACUACAACAACGAGCUGGAUAUAUAUAAAAAGGGGAGCGUAGUUUUCAGAGAUUACAUACUCGAAGAGCCCCAAAACGGCCAGGGUGUGGCGCAAAAGGUUGAGGCUCUUGUCGAGCCGGUGGCCAAGUCCAAGACGCAGGCCGAAAAUGAGAAAAAGAAGCGUGCCAAGGCCAGGGUCACAGUCGAGCAUCUCGACAUCAUCAAAGAUGAAUUUUGGGAUAGACGUCCCUGGCUGCUGUCUAACAAGCCAGGAGAGAUACCCAAACAGCCUUAG